CAUCACCAGGGCAACUACCGUUCCGGUCUGGUUGCCGGCGUUUGGUUGUCCAUGGUGAUGCUGUGUUGGACAACGUCGCCAAGGUAACAAUUUAGCCGCGAUCACGCGAUGACGCUAUGACGCCACGGCAGGGGGCGGAGUCAACUCGCACAUGCGCACAGAGCGGGUCAGGACGCCGAUUGAAUGGCGGUUUCACCUGGGGUAAGCUAAUACACUUAAUAGUUUUAUGUAUAAAAGCCUUGUAUGUUGUAUAUACUGUUCUUCAUCUCUUUGAUCCUGAGGAAAGUCCUGAUAGGACUGAAACGUUGGUCGUAGAUGUUUUAAAUCUAUUUUCAAUAAACUUGGAUUUUUUAUUCACCGUGAGUGCAGCAAUUCGUUGGAUUUUUGUAUGGACGGCUAUUAUUUGCUGGCACCCGGGCAACAAGGGUAAUUGGAGCGUGAGUGCGGGAGCUAUUGGUAUUUUUUGUCUAUAGGGUUAUUGGCCUUAACCCCCUCCUGGCACCAGCACCUUAGCAGUUUGACACUAUAUGUGUAGAUAGCUUUGGAACCCUGCACUUUAUUUGACCAUAAGGACAUUUUUUACUAUUUUCUAUUAUUUUUUGGCUUAUUCACUAAACUAUAAGCAUGGAUGAAUUUUUGUUCCUAGCUGGGGCAUACUCGGAACAGGCAGAUACUAUGCAGUUCUCCCAGGAAGAAGCGGAGAAUAUUUUAUGGGAACAAACUGGUUUGGAACUUCCACAUCAUUUAUCCGCUAAGGAUGUUUAUUUUAAAUUGUCUAAAUUACGGAGGAAACAGAUCGAUUUAGAUAUGCAUGGAUUAUUUCUCUCUGACUAUUACAAGGCAAAGAGGAUUCCCAGAGGAUUUAGAAUACUUAAUGUACCAACUAUUGGAAGGGGAAAAGCUAAGGUCUGCAAGGAAUGGACUAUGGUUUUGAACAAGGCAUCAUUGGAUAUGAUGCUUAUUAUAAUAAAAGAUGUGAAAGAGGAUUUGAUAGAUGUGGAGAAAAAGAUCUUGGAGGUGGAGAAUGAACAUGCCAUAUUAUUGGCCUCAGUGGAAGGACAGAAAUUGCUACAAAAGCUCCAUGAGGAAUUGCAGAAAUAUAAAAACGAAUUGAUUAGAUUCAAAAAGCAGAAAUUCGAGAGAGUCCAACAGGACUACCUGGACCACAGGGUUUAUAGAUGGCUGUCCGGCAAUGGCAAUCAGAGGCCAAGGCGGCAACGCAAAAGAAUUGUCAAGCCCCGAAUUGUAACUAUUGACACUACAUCCGGGGAAUCGGCCUCUGAGAACGAUAUGAAGGAACCCACACCGCAUACCCCCCUUUUUUUAGAGACCCCAGAAAUGGGGACUUCUACCAGAAGUCGCGUAAGGGGCACCACAGAACCAGGAGAGGGGGGCAUACCAAAAGGGGUGUUAAAGGGCAAGCCACCACUCAGGAAAUAAUUCCGAUUUUCAACUUAUCCCACCGACCGCUUAUCCAAGAAGAAUCUGACUUAUUAAGCCAAGGAUUAUCAUUUGUCCCCACAGCGGACGUGAAUCCAUUUAAAUGGGAAGUGGAGUGGUUUAAGUUUGGAAGAAACCUUCGUUUGAAAGAAUAUUUCUGCAAAAGCGGAUCUAAUACAAUUGAUACCAACCAUGGAACUAAAGAAAAAGAAAAAUUCCGUCUGAAUUCAACAUUUGACCCACCCACGAAUAAAGCUUCAAUCAAAACUUUUUUAUCCUUGACCAACAAAGAUGCAAAGUCAACAAUGUGUAACCCUGUCAAUAAGAGACAUAAUGUCACAAAACGUCAGCGCCAACUUAUUAAGAAUUUGGCCGAGGAUCGAUCUAUAAUUAUACGCUCCGCGGAUAAAGGAGGUGGAAUAGUUAUUAUGAAUUACUCUGAUUAUGCCAACGAGCUAAAAAGCCAAUUACAAGAUCCAAAUGUCUACCUUCCCCUGGACCAAGACCCUACUCGGGAGUUUCAGAGUGUGAUACAUGAUAUAUCGUCUAUGGGAUUGAGAGCUGGAUAUAUAGACUUAGGUUUAUUUCAAUAUUUGAAUCAAAAAAAUCCACGUACUCCUAUUAUUUACAGCAUCCCAAAAAUCCACAAGGAUGCUCAGAAGCCUCCGGGACGUCCAAUAGUGUCCGCGAUUAAAGGAAUUUUAGAACCUUUAGCUAAGUGGCUUGAUUUUUUGUUUAAACAGACGGUUGAGCAGUUGGACACUUGUAUAAAAGACACACCCAUGCUCCUGAAUAAAAUUAAGGAGAUUUAAUUUAUGGAAACUAAACCUUUGCUAAUUACCAUGGAUGUGAAGAGCCUAUAUACCGUAAUCCCGCAUGAUGAAGGUGUUGAGGCCAUGCGACAAGUACUUAUGGCAUCGACAGUGUACCAUGGUCCACCUAUUGAAUUUGUACUGGAAAUUUUGGCAAUCACUUUGGAACGCAAUUACUUUCGUUUUGAAAACCAGUGGUACUUGCAGAUAUCAGGCACAUCGAUGGGGGCGGCAAUGGCCCCCAUGUAUGCAAAUGCAUACAUGUAUGUGUAUGAACAGAAACACAUCUUGUUACCAUAUGGCCAUUUAAUACAAGGCUAUUACCGUUACAUUGAUGAUCUUUUGAUCAUUUGGAAUGGUACCAUAAUGGAAGCACAUAAUAUGGUCGAUGAACUUAACAAACUACCAGUACCUAUAAGAAUGACGGCGAACAUCAGUACGGAUAAAGUCCAAUACUUGGAUGUCGAAUUGUCCAUAGGUACAGACAGAUUGGAAUAUAGCUUGUUCACGAAAGCCACUGACCGCAAUACCCUCCUCCAUGCACAUAGUGCUCACCCACAAGGUUUGAAGGACUCUCUCCCAAAGGCCCAAUAUCUGCGGGUGAUGAGAAACAACUCUGACGAGAACAUCAAAGAGAAGCAACUGAUUGAAAUGACUAAUAAAUUUUUGGAACGGGGGUACCACCGCUCCACCCUUGAUAAAGCAUUAAGAGAGGCUAGGGCCCCUCGGGAACCUAGGGUGACAGCGACAUCACAAAGAAUGGUUUUCCCCACUACGUUCCAUCAAUCAACGGGUCAAAUUUCCUCCGCCAUCAGAAAAAAUUGGAGAAUACUGGCAGCGGAUGACACCCUCCCUAAAGUCUUUUCGGAACAACCUUUAGUUUGCUUCAAGAGGAAUAAAAAUCUAAAGGAUUUGUUGGUCCAUACUGACCCUAUCCUAAGUUAUGCUGAUAAUGUUACAAUACAAUGCCGGGGCAGUGUGCGCUGCCUCGGGUGUGUAACAUGUGGACAUAUGACCCCAUCUAAGUCUUUCCAACACCCACACACCAACAAGAAAUAUAUAAUUCGGAGUACCAUUACGUGUAAAACUACUCAUGUUGUUUACAAACUCACAUGUCCAUGUGGGUUGGUGUAUAUUGCUAAAACUGAAACAGCGCUCUGUGAAAGAAUAAGGGGUCAUAGAUCCAGCAUUAGAUUGGCCUACAGGGAUGGUGGAUCGGACAAACCAGUGGCGAAACAUUUCUUUGAUUUUAAUCAUCCAUUAGCCACACUGAAAUUCAUAGCAAUUGACCAUAUUCCAGCAUCGAGACGGGCCGGAGACAGGGGUAAAUUGCUAUUAAACAGAGAGACAUUUUGGAUAUUUGAAUUGGACACAGUUUACCCAAAGGGUUUGAAUGAAUAUAUCUCGUUUCAUUCAUUCUUGUAAUAGGUUUAACGACAAGUGAGGUUUGUCAUAAUGACUUGAGUUAUGAAAUAUAUUUAUAUGCAUAGCCAUAACAGAGUUAUAACCCCAGCUAUUGGUAUUUUGAUUUUAAGAUAUGAAUGCUGAGAUUUGCCAUUAAGUACAAAACAUUUUUUGGGCACUUUAAUUAGUAAGGCUAAAUGAGCAUAGCCCAUUAUAUAGAAAGAUGUUUAAUCAUUAUAUAUGAUUAAUAGGAGGAGUUGUAGUAUCAACCCUCAAUAUAUAAUGCUUUAGGUAAUCUUGAUCGCAUCUCCACAGUGUUUGGAUUUUUUUAUAAGUGUACAUGUAUUGUUAUUAUGUUAGUAUAUUAGUAUCAAUGUUAUCAGGUAUAUAUUUUUCCUUUUAUACGUGGGGUUUUGAAAGAGAAUAGAUCUAUUUUUACACAUUACACCAUAUAAUAUUUUUUCACUAGCAUUUAUUGCACUUUUUUACUAUUGAUAGUUUGCACUUUACAUAUAUAUGCACUGUCACUUUAAAAUAUUUAAAAUAUCUAAAUAUGGAUUGUAUUGCAUGUCACUUUAAAUUAUCCAAAUAUGGAUUGUCAUGCAAAUGAGUUUUAUAUCACUCUUUACCUUUAUGAGCAUUACACUCAGUUAUAUGCACUGAUUCCCUAAUAAGAUGAACACAUGGAUGUUUUUAUGCACUUUAUUUACACUGAUAAUGUUGGCACUUUGCAAUGAAUUGAGCAGAUAUAAUAUAUAGCUCAUUCAUAUUUGUAUACUUAUUAUUAUCAUUAUUUUUAUUCACAUGUUUUAUAGUUUAGUAUUUUCGGUAUUUGGCUCCACCCCCCUAUAAAGACAUUAACUGUGGCGAUCUUUUGUUUUCCAGCAUCACCAGGGCAACUACCGUUCCGGUCUGGUUGCCGGCGUUUGGUUGUCCAUGGUGAUGCUGUGUUGGACAACGUCGCCAAG